AUGUGGGUCUCUAUAGGAUUAAUCGUCGCACUGCUGUUUAUUGCUUUAUUCCUUAAAUAUGUCUUUGGUAAUUCCGGGCCGAGUCCUUUUGAUGUCGACAUGCGCGAGCCGCUCAAACCGGUACAGCUGGAUAAAAAGGAGAGAAACAAAGUGUUAAAACAAGGCUUUUUGGCCAGUAGAGUUCCUCAGGACCUUGACGCCAUUGUGAUCGGCAGUGGUAUUGGUGGGCUGAGCAUCGCUGUUCUGCUCGCCAAGGUUGGAAAGAAGGUCCUGGUGCUGGAACAACAUGAUCGUGCUGGAGGAUGUUGUCACAGCUUCUCUGAGAAAGGCUUUGAGUUUGAUGUUGGGAUCCACUACAUUGGUAAUCUAGAGGAGACAGGAAGAUUCCGCUGCAUAGUGGAACAGCUGACCAAUGGACAGUUACAGUGGGAACCGCUGGAAAACCCCUUCGACCAGGUGGUCCUGGGUCCGCCGGAGAACCGGCGCGUCUACCCCAUUUACAGUGGCAACACUCGUUUCCCAGAGGAACUGAAGAAGUGCUUUCCAGGAGAGGAGAAGGCCAUCGAUGAGUUCAUGAGAUUGGUUAAGAAUUGUGGCCGUGGCGUGUGGAUGGUGUUGCUGCUUAAGCUGCUCCCCUCUCCUGUGGCUAAAUUCCUGGCUUAUACAGGACUCGCUAAUCGCAUGUCCUACUUCUUCUCCUAUGGCUCACGCAGCCUGAGCGAGGUGGUGAACAGCCUGACGGAGAAUAAAGAGCUCAGGGCUGUGCUAUGCUACAUCUUCGGCACCUACGGAAACGCCCCAAAAGAAGCCAGUUUCUCCAUGCACAGUUUACUGGUGUGCCACUACCUGCCCGGUGCCUGGUACCCUAAAGGAGGUGCCAGUCAGAUCGCCUAUAACAUGAUCCCUAUCAUUGAGAAGGCAGGAGGAGCCGUGCUCGUCAGAGCACCGGUCAGUCGCAUCCUGCUCAACGGCGCCAACGAAGCUAUAGGGGUGAGUGUGAUGAAGGGACAAGAGGAGGUUCAUGUCCGCGCUCCAAUCGUGAUCUCAGAUGCAGGAAUCUUUAACACCUACCAGCAGCUACUGCCUAAAGAGGUGCAGACUCACGCAGCCAUUCAGAAGCAGCUGAGUAUGCUAAAGCACGGAGAAGGCGGCCUCAGCAUCUUCAUAGGAUUGAACGGGUCGAAAGAAGAGCUGGGCCUCAAAGCCGAAAACUACUGGAUCUUCUGCGAGAAUAAUCUGGACGAGCUAUUCAAUUGCUACAUUAAAGGAGAGAGGGAGGAUUCGACAAAGAACAUACCUAUGAUUUUUGUCGCCUCACCAUCUGCCAAAGAUCCCACCUGGGAGCAGAGACAGCCAGAUAAGUCCACUCUGAGUGUGGUCAGCUUCGCCCCUUACUCAUGGUUCGAGGAAUGGAAAGACGGGAAAGUCAAGAACAGAGGGGACGACUACGAAGAGCUUAAGGAGACCAUCAUCAACUCUGUUUUGGAAUUGUUAACUCAGAUUUACCCUGAGAUCAAGGACAAGAUAGAGUAUAUUGAGGCUGGCACUCCCAUCACUAAUCAGCACUAUUUAGCAGCUCCUAAAGGAGAGAUCUAUGGCGCAGACCACAGCACUUCCCGCUUCACUGCAGAAGUCUGCGUUACCCUCAGACCACAAACACCCAUCAAAAACCUCUUCCUUACAGGCCAAGACAUCUUUUCAUGCGGUUUUGCCGGAGCAAUCGCAGGAGCUAUGGUCUGUGGCUCUGCUAUUCUCAACCGCAACCUUUACAGGGAUAUUGAGUCCCUAAGAAAGAAACUGAAGAACACCAACAGUAAGAAAGUCCAGUAACAAUGGCAACAUGCACUCAUCCCCGGCUGAUUGCAGAACCGGCAAGACGGCAACGAUCAUCACUUGAUCCUCACUAAAUUAAUAUCAGCUCUGUUAAUCCCUGUUAUUUUUUGUAAUCACGUCUCUACAGCAAUGCAUUUGUAUACUGUAGAAUUGAAAUAUGGAUACGAUCAUUUCAGUAUUGCAGAACUCUGUUCUGACACAGUGUCGAUGCAUGUAUCAACAUUACCCUAUUAUGACUACUAUGAUUUUAGAAAGUUUUAGCAAAAAAUGUACAGGAUAUUUUUCCCAUCGAGUCAAUCAGUGGACAUGAUCAGAACAUCAGACCCAUUUAGAGUACUUGGGAUUUAACAGAAAAUAUACCUCAGGAUGUACAUAUGAUCCUUCUGCAUUCUUUGGUUUACAGCUGCUGUAAGAUAUUACAAUCAAUUGAUGAUCUCUAUUUUCAAUUUUUCUAUCGAUCACUAAAUUUAGCAGCCUUAAUAACAAAGAACUCGAAGCACUGUUUUUUUUUGUUUUUUUUUAUACAAACUACCAAUAAAAACAACUCUUUUUAAUCAGAUGCAGUAUAUUUUAAUAUAUAAAUGAAAUUUCAUACUUCGGGAUCUUUAUUUUUGCUGAAUUGGAUGUAAGGUCUGGAUGUGAUUAUACCUACAGGAUGAUUUUUCAUGUAACCUGGUGAGCUUUGGUUCUUUUUACCUUGCAUUCCUAUUACAAGAUUUUCCCAAGGCUCAGUAUUAAGACCUCUUUCAUUCACCUCAUACACUAAAUUAAUGGACUCCAUGAUCAGAUCCUAUGACUAGACUUCUGUUCUUAUCCUUUUUCCACCCAAGUAGAUAUCCAAAUGAUUGUUACGAAACCAGAUUUUAAGUCGAUUACUCAAUCUAACAAACUCCUUAUAGUCUAUCCAACAUUCCUAACUUAGAGACUCGGUGUGGGGCUCAACAUCUCUGACCACAUUACACUCUAUUGCACUACCAGAUCAUUUUCACAACAUCAGAACACAUUCUGCUCAGAUUCUCAAAGCUUCUGCAGCUCUGCUAAGAAUAUUAAGACUGCUGCUGCUCACUUUAUAACCUCUUGCCCAAAUUCUCUCCCAUGAUCCGUGUAUUGAGGUUUGUCCAUAAAUCUGCCACAGCAAAACUCAAAUUGCCCUAUAAAACUAUUGCCCUUGGGCUCCUGAGUGGCUCAACAGAAAGAUCACGAGUUACCAACAAUGCUACUGCCAUCUAUGGGCUGGAGCCAAGGGCUCAAAAUUACCAGUGCUGUUUUGGAGGGAGGGAUGGUGUAUUCUGUCUGUCCUGUCAAUCACAGCCAAAGCAGUCUGUGGGCUGUGAGCUUUACUCUAAUUGUGUUAUGCUACACUGUGACCUAACAUGAGCAUCAAAGCAGUUGGAAAAGAUGAUCCUGUCUCUUGGAGGAAACGUGAUUUAACCUUCAUAAGCCUUUGGGAAUUGGCAGGACAUUAAAUUGGGAAGAUCGUAAGAGUAAAUUCUUCUACAACUUCACGUUACCUGGCUCUUUAGUUAUGGAAUCGAUGGCUAAGAUUGAACUCUGUUCUUAACCACACUUUCAUUUAAUGUUUAUGUACUUAUGUAAGUGUUCAACUCAAACCAUGAUCAGACAUAAGGGUUAACGAAUCAAUCAAGUAUUAACUGGACCAAACUUGUAUUUGUAUGAACCAGUAUUCAUUUGUGUACAAUGUGCCUUUAAUUUUCAAGCCUUGAAGAGUGCUGUGAUGACUGCUGUGAUUUUCUCAGUCUGAAAAGAAGCAUCUGCACAAUAACUAACUGUAAAAUAUUCAGCACUUUCAGUUAUAUUAGUUCUCACAUGUUUUGAUCUGUGACACUUCUGGGACAUUGAUCAAAUAAGGAGAUCAAAAUUAAGUGCAAAGUUUGGUGUGUUUUUUUAAUCUGAAGGAAAAAAACAUUCAAAUUCGUUAAAAAAUAAAAGUACUUUAUCUGAAGAUAUUGUAGUACUUUAGUAAGAUAUUUGGUAUGAAUGCUUGCUACAAUAAUCACUGCUGCCUUGUUGCUUUUAAAGACUAAAUAAUGUGUUCAUAUUCAAGUAUUAAUUUUGAGUAACAUUUGAUUUGACUAAGUAUUUGUACUUGAAGUUUAUUUUAUUGCUUUAUUUUAUUGCUGUAUUAAAUGUUAUUAAUGAUGUGUGCUAGAGUAUGUGUCGAAUUAUGACGAACAAUAAACCAGCUUCACUGUUG